CCGCGGCACGCACAGCAGCCGCAGCCGCCUCGCGCCCGGUCCCGCGGUCGCAGCUCGAGCCAUAGUCUCCGCGCCGCCGUCGUCGCCUCGGCUGCUCGCUUCGUGGGUCGGCCCCUCCGGCACACGGGCUCCAGCCGCACCGCAGCCGCCCUCCGAGCCCUUCAGGUCGCCCCGGUCUCCUCACCCGGCCCGACCCAGCCCGCGAAGAUGGUGGACCGCGAGCAACUGGUGCAGAAAGCCCGGCUGGCCGAGCAGGCGGAGCGCUACGACGACAUGGCCGCGGCCAUGAAGAACGUGACAGAGCUGAAUGAGCCACUGUCCAACGAAGAGAGAAACCUCCUGUCCGUGGCCUACAAGAAUGUAGUCGGGGCACGCCGUUCUUCCUGGAGGGUCAUUAGUAGCAUUGAGCAGAAGACAUCCGCCGAUGGCAACGAGAAGAAGAUAGAGAUGGUCCGUGCUUACCGUGAGAAGAUCGAGAAGGAGCUGGAGGCGGUAUGUCAGGAUGUGCUGAGCCUGCUGGAUAACUACCUGAUCAAGAAUUGCAGUGAGACCCAGUACGAGAGCAAAGUGUUUUACCUGAAGAUGAAAGGGGACUAUUACCGCUACCUGGCCGAAGUCGCCACUGGAGAGAAGAGGGCGACCGUCGUGGAGUCCUCUGAGAAGGCCUAUAGCGAAGCCCACGAGAUCAGCAAGGAGCACAUGCAGCCCACUCACCCCAUUAGAUUAGGCCUGGCUCUUAACUACUCCGUUUUCUACUACGAGAUCCAGAACGCCCCGGAGCAAGCCUGCCACUUGGCCAAGACCGCCUUUGAUGACGCCAUCGCCGAGCUCGACACUCUCAACGAGGACUCCUACAAGGACUCCACUCUCAUCAUGCAGCUCCUCCGCGACAACCUAACGCUCUGGACAAGCGAUCAGCAAGACGACGACGGCGGCGAAGGCAACAAUUAAGGCCCCCAGGGAUCACGCUGCCAUCACUCUUGAGUGUUCCCCGCUGGACCUUCUGCUGGUGGCUCUCGGGACGGUGGAGACGCCGUUGAGCUGGAGAAGCUGGGCAGUCAUCUUGAGGAAGGUUGUGGUGCAGUGUGUGGAAAUUCAGGUGCUAGAAGCUUACUGGUAGAAAAACCCAAAAGCAAGAGAAGAGCUCUUCUGUUCGUAAGCACUCUGUCCAAUUUCGGGAGCCUCGUAAGCAUGUCCGUUUUUCCUCCCCGAAAACACUCCUUCCCUAAGCAGUUGUUGUAGGAAGAUGAAUUAAAGGCAUUAUCAGAUAAUAAAUCACUCCUAUUUGACCAAGACUUUUUCUACAUAUUUCUUUUUUCUUCUUAAUGAAAACAUCGAAGCGGGAGAGUCCUUUCUCUCUUGUACAGUUGACACAUGCUCUGGAAUCGAAGGAAACUACAUUGCUGUUUCCACAAAUCUGUUCUCAGUUAGCCUUAGGUCCUUCAUUCUUAUUUUGGAAAAAUCUGUCUGAAAAACGUGACCUGUCGAGUGUGUGUUCAGCCUUUCUUUACAAGACCAGAAACGGUGUGAACUCCUGAGAUGGAGGUAAUAACGCCAGACUCGCUUUGUUUGUUGCUUUGGUUUAGUCAAGGAGAGGUAUGAGGAAUAAUUGAGGAAACACUGACCGUUGCUUUUUGCUGUUUACCAAAAUUGGACUUAGAGUUGGGAAAUGAGUAUGUGUGACAGGAUCCAGGUGACAGUGAGGACUAGAACAGUGAUGCCCUGUAGCAUGGCACAGUUUACCCAGCGUGACUUUCCUUAGAAGGUUCCCUCCAUACGCUAGAGCAAAAGUCCCAAUUAACUGAACCCUAGCGGAACUAGAAGAGAGUUGUACAGCUUUUGUGCCGACACCGGGGCCCUAGAGUCAAUGCCAUGGAUGGGAAAUGAUGGGGGGUUGGGGGGGGGGGGUAGGUGGGGCUUUUAACUUAUCUUCAUGUCCAGUGAGCAGUGUUUUGUCCUUCCUUGUAGCCUUUGAAAAUGAUUUACUGGAAUUACAAAACCUAUUUUUUCUUUCAAAUUUCAGCUUUGGCUCUGGCUGCUUUUUAGAAUAAUGCAAGAUAACAGUUCUACCUGAGGGCUAAAAAUGAAGAGGGAACGGGAGACUUGAUAUUUAAGCAGCUUGAAUGGUUUCUUUUCUUUUCUUUAUUUUUAAAGAAAUGCACUUGCCUCUGAUACUGUCUCUCCAGUGAAAUGAUUACUCCUCCAUUACUCUAUUGAUACAAUAUUGUGCAUGCUAGUGUUGUAUUUCUAUACAGUAGCUUGAAAUUUAUUAACUUAUACUGUAGGUGUUAUGUAUUCCUAUGACAAAAAAAAAUUAAGUCUUCAAAUUUUUUAAAGUUUUUUUAAUUUAAUUUUUCCUUUGGGGGUACAGUUUGCUCUACCAAAUAGUGAUCGUAACAAAUUGAUCUGUUUUGGAUGUUGCUAUAGUGACAUGCAGUUAUAUAUUUUGUUUUUAAGGGGGGGGAGCAAAAGAAACACCAGUGUUAGCUUAAUCUUAAUGUCUGGUGUUUGUCAUGGUGAAAUUAUAACUAUUACAGUGUAGGAGAACAAUGACUAUGUUCUCUGAAUGAGCCUUUGUGCUUUUUGUCAUGUUAUGCAGUGAACUAUUUUUAAGGUCUAAUCAGUGAUUAUUUUUCCAACUCCGUGUUUCUCUAAGGAAUUAUUUCACACACGGACCAUUCUUAGCAGUUUUCCUCAGUGAUGGAAUAUCAUGAAUGUGAGUCAUUAUGUAGCUGUCGUACAUUGAGCAAAUAAACUUACAGAUCUGAUGUCA